UGCACACUUCUGAAAACCACAUUAAUUGAAUAAUUGGCGGAUGGAGUCGAAUAACAAUUCGAGCUCUACAGGUCAACCCGAUAAUGUUCAGGGAGCUCUUCGAAAGCUUGACUUAUUGGUGGAAAAAGCAGAGCUCUAUAGCAAGAUCAAGUAUACAGGUGCUGGGUUAAAAGACCUGUCUAGUCCGUCCAAAAUUAAACCAGAGCCUGCGGUUAACUCACCUACUUCUAGUUCUGUUGCAGAUCAUCGUCAUCGACGAACAGAAAAAGAAGAAGAUGAAGAGCUAUUGACAGAGACUAAACUUGGUGCAACAACUGCUAUUCAACGCUUCGAAGCAUCUCCAUGGUAUGUGAAGGGUGGAGAAAUGCGUGAUUAUCAGAUACGUGGUUUAAACUGGAUGAUUCAACUGCAUCACAACAAUAUAAAUGGGAUUUUAGCUGAUGAAAUGGGUUUAGGCAAAACAUUGCAAACGAUAUCAAUGCUUGGCUACUUAAAACACUAUCGUCAUAAACCUGGCCCGCAUAUUGUCAUUGUGCCAAAAUCGACCCUGUCAAAUUGGAUGAAUGAAUUCGCUCGAUGGGUUCCUUCUCUGCGUGCAGUUUCAUUGAUUGGGAAUCAAGAUGAAAGAAAUCAAAAAAUACAAGAUGAAAUCUUGAAAAGAGACUGGGAUGUACUUGUUACUAGUUAUGAGAUGUGUAUUAAGGAGAAGACAGUUAUCAGAAAGUUUAAUUACGUUUACCUGGUAAUCGACGAAGCUCAUCGUAUCAAAAAUGAAAAGUCGAAAUUAUCAGAAAUUGUUCGAGAUUUCCGUUCACAGAAUCGUUUGUUAAUCACUGGUACACCAUUGCAGAAUAACUUGCACGAGUUAUGGGCAUUACUCAAUUUUUUAAUGCCAGAGGUAUUCGCCUCAUCUGAUAUGUUCGAUGAUAUGUUUAAAACGGACAGUGCACAUGAAGAAAGUUUCGUACAACGCCUGCAUGCAGUGCUGAAACCCUUUCUGCUGAGGAGAAUUAAAGCCGAUGUGGAAAAGCGUUUACCACCGAAAAAAGAAUGCAAGAUUUACAUUGGUCUGAGUAAAAUGCAACGGGAACUGUACACGAAGAUUUUGAUGAAAGAUAUCGAUCUAGUGAAUUCAGUCGGCAAUAAGGUGGAUCGUGUUCGUCUGUUGAAUAUUCUCAUGCAACUACGCAAAUGCUGUAAUCAUCCUUAUUUGUUCGAUGGUAUGGAACCGGGUCCACCAUAUACUACUGAUUAUCAUCUUGUUGAUAAUUGUGGCAAAUUAAUGCUGUUGGAUAAAUUGUUACCAAAGCUGAAAGAACAAGGCUCCCGCGUUCUCCUCUUCAGUCAGAUGACGCGUAUGAUGGAUAUUCUAGAGGAUUAUUGUUUAUGGCGUGGUCAUGAGUAUUUUCGAUUGGAUGGUUCAACACCUCAUGAAGAACGUCAAGUUUCUAUUGAUGAAUUCAAUCGUCCUGGUUCAACAAAGUUUCUAUUUAUGCUUUCUACAAGAGCUGGUGGUUUAGGUAUUAAUUUAGCCACAGCUGAUGUUGUUAUCAUAUAUGAUUCAGACUGGAAUCCACAAGUUGAUCUACAGGCUAUGGAUCGAGCACAUCGUAUCGGUCAGACUAAAACUGUCCGUGUGUUCAGAUUAAUCACAGAACACACUGUUGAAGAACGUAUUAUUAUGCGCGCUGAAAUGAAGCUUAAAUUAGAUAACUUGGUUAUCCAGCAGGGCCGUCUUGUUGAACAAAAAUCGAAUCAGUUACAAAAGGGUGAUGUUUUGGAUAUGAUUCGACAUGGCGCUAAUUAUAUCUUCCGUAGUAAAGACAGUGAUUUCAAAGAUGAAGAUAUCGAUAUUAUUUUGGCUCGUGGUGAACAAAAAACUGCAGAAAUGAACGAGAAAUUAGCCCAGUUAGGAGAGUCAAAUUUAAGAGCAUUGAAAUUCGAUACAGCAGACGAAAAUGGUGCACCAUCGUCGGUCUACAUAUAUGAAGGAGAAGACUAUCGAGAGAAGCAAAGUCGUACUUCUUUGCUGGAGGGUUGGAUAGAACCUCCAAAACGUGAACGUAAAGCAAAUUAUGCAGUGGAUGCAUACUUUCGUGAAGCUCUUCGUGUUUCUGAGCCUAAAGCGCCAAAACCACCUAGACCUCCGAAGCAACCAAAUGUACAAGAUUUUCAAUUUUUCCCUCCUAGACUAUUUGAACUUUUGGAUAAGGAAAUCUACGCUUUCAGAAAGAGUAUUGGAUACAAAAUCCCUAGAAAUCCAGAUGCUGGACCAGAUGGUGAACGUGACCGAUUGGAAGAACAAGCUAGAAUAGAUGAAGCUGAACCGUUGACUGAAGAAGAAAUCGCUGAAAAGGAAGAGCUGUUAACACAGGGUUUCACAAAUUGGUCAAAACGUGAUUUCCAACAAUUUAUCAAGGCAAACGAGAAACAUGGCCGUGAUGAUCUGGAAGCCAUUUCAAUGGAUGUAGAAGGGAAAACACCAGAUGAAGUGAAACGAUAUGCUCGUGUGUUUUGGACAAGGUGUAAUGAGCUACAAGAUGUUGAUAAACAUAUGGCUCAGAUCGAACGUGGUGAAGCGAAAAUCCAACGAAGAGCUGCUGUCAAACGAGCACUUGAUCUUAAGAUGGCUCGUUAUCGAGCACCAUUCCACCAACUACGUAUACAAUAUGGCACAAAUAAAGGAAAGAAUUAUGUGGAAGAAGAAGAUCGUUUCCUCAUUUGCAUGCUUCACAAACUUGGUUUCGAUCGUGAUAAUGUCUAUGAUGAUUUACGUCUUGCAGUCCGGUUGGCGCCGCAAUUUCGAUUCGAUUGGUUUUUAAGAUCUCGCACAGCAAUGGAAUUACAGAGACGUUGUAGCACCCUGAUCACCUUGAUUGAACGAGAAAUAUGCGAUCUAGAAGAUCGAACAAAACAACGCGGUGGACCCGGUGGAAACAGUGUAUCAGCUACUACUGCGUCGGCAAAUUCAGGACUACCUACUGGUACUACUGCUACUGCUACGCCUGUAGCAUCUGGACAAAAGCGAAAAUCAACUGUACCCAGUGGGGCUGGGACAGAUUCAAUCCUUGAAUCCGGUGCAAAUGGAAAGAAGAAGAAAGUUGCUGCAUAAUAAUAGUAGCAAUAAUAAUAAGAAAAGAACACUAAUAAUAAUCAUAAUAAUAAUAAUUUGUAUAUCUCCUUUUUUGUAUUGUGUUCAUAUCCUCCUCCUUCUCCUUCUCCUCCUCUCCUCUUUCGAGGCCUAUUGCAUUUGAUCUUUGUAUUUGUUUUUAUCUUAACUUAUCACGUACUGGUUGAUGCUGCAUUGUUUACAGAAUAGAAUAUUGAGUAUUCAAAUUAAAGAUUAUUUGUAAUAAAAUGCUACUCUUGUUGUUGUAGUUGUUGUUGUUGAGAUUUCUACGUGAAUUGUACGUAAUUCACUCAAAUAGUGAAGGGAAUAAAAAUAAACUACUUACACGUGAUUCUGAAAAUGAAAACAAAACUUUGAUAAAGCU